CCUAGGUCCUAAAGGUUUUCUCCUAUGUGGUUUUGUUUGUUUGCUUUUUGAGAUGGGGUCUCACUCUGUUGCCCAGGCUGGAGUGCAGUGGCACGAUCUCGGCUCACUGCAACCUCCGCCUCCCGGAUUCAAGCGAUUCUCCUGCCUCAGCCACCACAAGUAGCUGGGACUACAGUUGUGUGCCGCUAUGCCCAGCUAGGUUUUGUAUUUUUAGUAGAGACAGGGUUUCACCAUGUUGGCCAGGAUGAUCUCAAUCUCUUGACCUUAUGAUCCUCCCACUUUGGCCUCCCGAAGUGCUCCUGAAGUGUUCUAGGUGUGAACCACCAAGCCCAGCCUCUUAAUGUUGUUUUCUAAAAAUUAUAUAGUUUUAUGGCUUACAUUUAAGUCUGUGAUCCAUUUUGAAUUUAAGUGUAUAAGAGGCGAUAUUUCAGUCAGCUUUCCUUAUUUUGCCUAUGGAUGUCCAGUUGCUCCGGCAACAUUUGGGGAAAAGACUACCCUUCCUCUUUUGAACUGCUUUUGUAUCUUUAUCAAAAAUCUAUUGUAGGUUGGGCUCAGUGGCUCAUGCCUGUAAUCUCAGCUACUUAGGAGGCUGAUGUGGGAGGAUCGAUUGCUUGAGGCCAGGAGUUUUAGGUAAUAUAGGCCCCAUCUCUAAAAAUAAUUUUUAAGUUAUCUGGGUGUGGUGUCACAUGCCUGUAAUCUCAGCUACUCAGGAGGCUGAGGCAAGAGGAUUGCUUGAGCCUAGGAGUUUGAGGCUACAGUGAGCUGUGAUCACACCACUGCACUCCAGCCUGGGCAGCAGCAAGAGACCUUGCCUUAAAAAAAAUAAAAAUCAGUUGGGUAUAUUGCAGGUGUGGACUCCUACAUAGUGAUGUGAUAUGUAGCACAAGCUCCUUCCUCAGGUAUGAAGAAACAAACAUCCUUCAGAGUUCAAAAUAUACUCUAGAUAGUCUCUUUUUUGAGAUGGAGUUUCGCUCUCUUGUGCAGGUUGGUGUGUAGAGUGCAGUGGCACGAUCUCAGGUCACUGCAAACCUCUGCCUCUCAAGCUCAAGCAAUUCUUGUGCCUCAGCCUCCCAAGUAGCUUGGAUUACAGGCACAUGCCACCAUUCCCAGCUAAUUUUUUGUAUUUUUUGUAGAGUUGGAGUUUUGCCAUGUUGGUCAGGCUGGUCUCGAACUCCUAACCUCAAGACAUCCACCCACCCUGGCCACCCGAAGUGUUAUCUCCUAAAAGUGGCUUGAACCCUUGGACACCACAUUUUAUGAUGAAUUAUGAAAAGAAAUACAAAAGUUGAGUGGGAAGCUGGAUUAGUAGUUUUCAAAUUAUAAUUUGUAACCCACUGUUGGGUCAUAAAGUCAACUAGGGGAUUCUUAGUCAGCAUUUUCUUUUGUUUUUGAAUUGCUCAUUUGAGAUAUUUAAAAAUAUUGUAAUAGUAAAAUCACAUAUAAUAUUAAACAGAACAGUUGGGCAUAAUUGUGAGGUUCUGUUUCUGGUUUUUCUGUUUUAUUCCAUUGAUCUAUGUGUCUCUUCCUCCACCAAUACUACACAGUCUUCAUUACUGUAGCUAUAAGUCUUGAAAUCAGGUAGACUGUUUUUAGGCUGAUCCCUCCCACUUUAUUCUUGUCAUAAUUGUUAUUUGUUUGUUUGUUGGCAUGCUUGUUUGUUUUGAGACAGAGUCUUGUCUUGCUCAGGCCGGAGUGCAGUGGUGUGAUCUCUGCUCACUGCAACCUCUGCCUCCCAGGUUCAGGUGAUUCUCAUGCCUCAGCCUCCCAAGUAGCUGGGAUUACAGGCACACACCACCAUGCCCAGCUAAGUUUUUUUAUUUUUAGUACAGAUGGGGUUUCGCCAUGUUACCCAGGCUGGUCUCAAACUCCUGAGCUUAGGCAAUCCGCCUGCCUUGGCCUCCCAAAGUGCUAGGAUUACAGGUGUGAGCCACCUUGCCUGACCUGUCAUAAUUUUAGUUAUUCUAAUUCCAUUGCCUUUUCACAUAAAUUUUAGAAUAAUCUUGUCUAUUCAUCUAUAAAAAGAUCUUGUUGAAAUUUUGGUAGGAGUUGAAUUAGACCUAUAGAUCAAUUUGGAGAGAAUUUACAUCUUUACUGGGUCACAUCUUCCAGUACAUGACUAUGGGGACAACCUAGCCCUGGUCUGCUUGAUCCUGGCGUGUACAUCUGUGCAAAUGCUCUUCUCAUACAUGCAAAGAUGAUCCCAACCACAAGGAUCCAACUGCACCAUGUAUAAUGGAUAUCAUUCUCUCAUCCCCUCCUGCACAGAAAUGCUGAUUAUUUCAGUCACUUGUCAAAGACUUCUGAUGGCUCAGCAAAUGGCAUUGUUCACUGCAGUGCUGAGAAGAUACUUCUGAGGACCCACAUCUAAGGUGGACUUGGCUUGUGCUCUUCUGGGUAGUCCCUGAACAGGAGUGAUGCCUCCAGGCAGGUGGCAUGCUGUCUAUCCAGCUCAGGCCCAGUCUUCAAGGGAACGAGGGCGGCUUCAGACAGUUAAGAAGGAAGAAGAGGAUGAAAGCUAUACUCCAGUGCAGGCUGCCAGACCACAGACACUCAACCGCCCUGGCCAGGAGCUGUUCCGCCAGCUCUUCAGACAGCUUCGCUACCAUGAGUCUUCUGGGCCCCUAGAAACUCUGAGCCGGCUCCGGGAACUCUGUCGCUGGUGGCUGAGGCCUGAUGUUCUCUCCAAGGCACAGAUCCUGGAGCUGCUGGUGCUGGAACAGUUCCUGAGCAUCCUGCCUGGGGAGCUCCGGGUCUGGGUGCAGCUCCAUAACCCUGAGAGUGGUGAUGAGGCUGUGGCCUUGCUGGAGGAGCUGCAGAGGGACCUUGAUGGGACAUCACAUAGGGACCCGGGCCCUGUCCAGAGCCCAGAUGUGCAUUGGAUGGGUACAGGAGCCCUGCGAUCUGCACAGAUAUGGUCCCUUGCUUCACCUCUCAGGAGCGGCUCUGCUCUGGGGGACCACCUGGAGUCUCCCUAUGAAAUAGAAGCACGUGACUUCCUGGCUGGGCAAUCCGAUCCUCCUGCUGCCCAGAUGCCUGCCCUUUUCCAGAGAGAAGGGUGCCCAGGAGACCAGGUAACAGCAACCAGGUCCCUGACAGCCCAGCUGCAGGAGACUAUGACUUUCAAGGAUGUGGAGGUGACCUUCUCCCAGGACGAGUGGGGGUUGCUGGACUCAGCUCAGAGAAACCUGUACAGGGAUGUGAUGCUGGAGAAUUAUAGGAACAUGGCCUUCCUGGUGGGACCAUUCACCAAACCUGCUCUGAUCUCCUGGUUGGAAGCAAGGGAGCCAUGGGGCCUGAACGUGCAGGUAGCUCAGCCUAAGAGGAAUCCAGGUGCCGCCCCUACAGGAGGUGACCUUCAAAUUAAAACAAAGAAAUUCAUCUUAAAUCAGGAACCUUUGGAAGGAGCAGAAACCUUAGCUGUGCCAUCAGAAUGUCCUGCAGCAAGUGUUUCUGAGGGAAUUGGGCUCAGAGAAUCUUUUCAACAGAAGAACAGGCUGAAGGAUCAAUGUGAAAACCCCAUACAAGUGAGAGUUAAGAAAGAAGAGACUGAUUUCAGUCACAGGACGGGAAAAGACUCUGAAGUAUCAGGAGGUAAUAGUCUUGACUUAAAACAUGUUACAUAUUUGAGAGUUUCUGGAAGAAAGCAGUCCCUUAAACAUGGCUGUGGCAAACACUUUAGAAUGAGUUCACACCACUAUGACUACAAGAAAUAUGGGAAGGGGCUCAGACACAUGAUUGGGGGCUUCAGCAUACAUCAGAGAAUUCAUACUGGACUGAAAGGGAGCAAAAAGGACUUAUGUGGAAAAGACUUCAGCCUUAGCUCUCAUCACCAACAUGGGCAGAGUCUUCACACAGUGGGAGUGUCUUUUAAGUGCAGUGACUGUGGAAGGACUUUCAGUCAUAGUUCCCAUCUUGCAUAUCAUCAGAGACUUCACAGUCAAGAGAAAGCAUUUAAAUGUAGAGUGUGUGGGAAAGCCUUCCGGUGGAGUUCCAACUGUGCACGGCAUGAGAAAAUUCACACUGGAGUGAAGCCUUAUAAAUGCGAUUUAUGUGAGAAAGCUUUCCGACGUCUGUCAGCCUACCGUCUGCACCAGGAAACCCAUGCUAAGAAGAAAUUUCUUGAAUUGAAUCAGUAUAGGGCAGCUCUUACCUACAGCUCAGGGUUUGAUCAUCAUUUGGGAGACCAAAGUGGGGAGAAACUCUUUGACUGCAGCCAGUGCAGGAAAUCCUUCCACUGUAAAUCAUAUGUUCUUGAACAUCAAAGGAUUCACACCCAGGAGAAGCCCUAUAAAUGUAACAAAUGUAGGAAAACCUUUAGGUGGAGAUCAAACUUUACUCGUCAUAUGAGGUUGCAUGAGGAGGAAAAAUUCUACAAACAAGAUGAAUGUUGUGAAGACUUCAGGCAAGCUCCUGACCACAGUCAGCCCCAGGGUGCCCCCCCUGUGGAGAAAACAUUUUUGUGUCAGCAGUGUGGGAAAUCUUUUACUAGAAAGAAGACUCUCAUUGACCACCAGAGAAUUCACACAGGUGAGAAACCAUACCAGUGUGGUGAAUGUGGGAAGGACUUUGCCUAUAGGUCAGCCUUUAUUGUUCAUAAGAAGAAGCAUGCCAUGAAAGGAAAACCUGAGGGUGGGCCAUCUUUUAGUCAGGACAGAGUGUUCCAGGUUCCUCAGAGCAGUCACACCAGAGAGGAGCCCUACCAAUGCAGCCAGUGUGGCAAGGCCUUCCGCAAUCACUCAUUCCUCCUCAUCCAUCAGAGAGUUCACACUGGAGAGAAGCCGUAUAAGUGCAGGGAGUGUGGGAAAGCCUUCAGGUGGAGUUCCAAUCUCUACCGACAUCAGAGGAUUCACUCUCUUCAGAAACAGUAUGAUUGCCAUGAAAGUGAAAAGACUCCAGACAUGGAACCAAAAAUCCUCACUGGUGAGAAACGUUUUUGGUGUCAAGAAUGUGGGAAAACCUUUACACGUAAAAGAACCCUUUUAGAUCAUAAGGGAAUACACAGUGGAGAGAAGCGCUAUAAAUGUAAUCUGUGUGGGAAAUCAUAUGAUAGAAACUAUCGCCUUGUUAACCAUCAGAGGAUCCACACUAAAGAGAGACCUUUCAAGUGUCAGUGGUGUGGGAAAGAGUUCAUUGGGAGACAGACCCUUUCCAGUCACCAGAGUAAACACACCAGAGCAGCACAGGCUGAACAUAGUCCACCAGGGCUAUCUUCCUCUCAGGACACAAAGUUGAGAUUGCAGAAAUUAAAACCAAGUGAAGAAAUGCCUCUCGAAGACUGUGAAGAAGCUUGCGACCAGAGCUCCAGGCUUGAUGAACUCCAGGACAUAACCACUGGGAAAAAGUGCCACAAAUGUAGCAUAUGUGGGAAAACUUUUAGCAAGAGUUCACAACUCAUUAGCCACAAGAGAUUUCAUACUCGAGAGAGACCCUUCAAAUGCAGCAAGUGUGGAAAGACCUUUAGAUGGUCUUCGAAUCUGGCUCGGCAUAUGAAAAACCAUAUUAGAGAUUAGCCUGGGUCUGACAGUGAAAGUGGGAGUGAGUUCUCAGUCCCCUGCUAGAGAACCCUUAAUUUUAGGCAGUGUGAGGAAACCUUCACAAAGGGCCCAGCCCUUUCUAUUUUGGAAGCUAGUGACAGAAUCCCAAGGAUUUAAAAGCUCGGGGAGUCUUCAGCCUGCCUGCUGGGAUGUGACGCUGGGGAAGCGCAGCAGCAUGUUCUUUGGAGCCCUUCUGGAGACUUGGGCCCCUAGGAGUGGCCUCUGUACCAUAGCCUGCAGCUCCCCUGGUCAGGUCUCCUUCCACAACUCUGAAGAGAAAAACCAUUGCCCUUUGUGGUUGGAUAAAAUGUCUGUGGCAUCAUGGGCUGUGGCUUCUGGAAAGGGGCCAGUGGGAUCCUAGAUUUAUCUUCAAGUUCGGCCUAUGACCAUGCCUAUUCUGUUGACUAAAAGCAGCAGCAUCAAGAACUCCUAGUCUUCCCAAAUGCCCCCUGGGGAGUUCUGGCUGGGGCUUUAGCCUUUCUAGCUGGCUUUUGGAUAUCUGCUAGGGGGUUAGAGUGGUCUCAGUGGCUGGUGGAGGACAGCAAGAUGCUGGGUUCAAGCGCUUGGCGUGUGGAGCUCUAUCAGUACGCUGUUGCCAUUCCUAUCCCACAGGCCUGCACAGGCAGCAGCGGUCCAUCUGUUUAACAGAAAUGUGCUGAUCACCUCCUCUAUACCAGGCACCGGUGUAUUUGCUGGACACCCAGCAGAGACCAGAACAGAUGAAAAUCCUGCAAUCUUGGAUCUUUAUAGUUGACAAACAAAUGGGAUAUGCAGUAUUCUGGAUGGUGAUGUAUGUGUAGUAGACAAAGUGAAUCAGAGAAGAGUGAGAGGGCGUGCUGGAUUGGGAAGUCAAUUGUGAGUUUUAAUAAUCUGAUUAGGGAGGGCCUCAACUGAGAAGGUGAAAUUUGAGCAAAGACCUGAAGGAGGCCAGGGAGCAAGCCAGGUAGCUCUAGGGAGAGUUGCAGGCAGAGGAGAUUGGGUCUUGUCUGAUGUCCUCAGGAUAGCAAGGAGGCCCCUGGGAUGGAAUGCAGGGAGCCAGCUGGAAGGGGAGGAGAGGGGUCAGGGAGCGAUGUGAGCAUCUUGGGUCGUUAGGGGGGCUUGAGCUGCCUCAGAGAGAGGCAGAGAGCUUUUGGACGGUUUUGAGUUGAGGAGUGAUAUGAUCUGAAUCUGAAUUACGUUUUACAAGGGUUAACCGCAGAUCCAAAGACUCAGUAAAAUGGAAUGGCUGAAGGGCUUCUCAUGCAGUUAUCCUUGCUGCUAGUUCCUAUAAAUCAGACUCCUCCUCACCCCAUUUCUGAAUUUUCUGUAGACUCCUCAGCCUCAGCAGAUGUAAACGCUUAGCAUUGUUGUGUGCACAUCUCUAGCCUCUGCACACUGCAGGCCCCCUCUCACCUUCACAUACCCCCUCUCACCUUCAUAUACCCCCUCUCACCUUCACAUACCCCCUCUCACCUUCACAUACCCCCUCUCACCUUCACAUACCCCCUCUCACCUUCACAUACCCCCUCUCACCUUCACAUACCCCCUCUCACCUUCACAUACCCCCUCUCACCUUCACAUACUCCCUCUCACCUUCACAUACCCCGUCUCACCUUCACAUACCCCAUCUCACCUUCACAUACCCCCUCUCACCUUCACAUACCCCCUCUCACCUUCACAUACUCCCUCUCACCUUCACAUACCCCGUCUCACCUUCACAUACCCCAUCUCACCUUCACAUACCCCCUCUCACCUUCACAUACCCCGUCUCACCUUCACAUACUCCCUCUCACCUUCACAUACCCCGUCUCACCUUCACAUACCCCAUCUCACCUUCACAUACCCCCUCUCACCUUCACAUACCCCGUCUCACCUUCACAUACUCCCUCUCACCUUCACAUACCCCAUCUCACCUUCACAUACCCCCCUCACCUUCACAUACCGCCUCUCCAUGUAUGAGAUCUGGUGCUGGCAUCAGAUUCGACCCAAAGGAACCAGUGCAUGUGCCUGCUGCCCUCAGGAGAAAAGGUGGUCUGUUCUGGGAGGAGCUCCCUCACUGGCCCACCUACUUGUCUUGAAGCAAAAAGUAAGAAUCAAUUACUUAAAGGCAAAGGAUUGAUAUUUCUAAAGUAUGUGAGUAAUCAUUGCUUCUGAUUAUUGAAGAUGUCAGAUUAUAAAUGUAAGGAUAAAAUGUCUUAAUGUCUAAUAGUAGAGCAGUAUCCCCAACUGCAUUUUACUGCAAUUAAUAGGGGCCCAUUCAUGGAGCUGGUCAUUUCUUGUAAUGAAGAGAAACCAACCUGGAAGACGUCUUUUUUAGUAGAGUACAGAGUAAUCUUAUCCUCUCUGGAUUGCCAUGAGCAGGUGAGAAUGAAGGCUCUGAUGCAGUGUAGUGGUAUCACGGGAUGGUUGGGACAGGGCAGACGUCUCCUGUUGGUGUUCUGAUGCCUGUUCAGCUUUGUCCUCAGGAAGGUUUGGUCAUCUUGGUUCUGCCAUCCUCUUGCCCUCCUAUGGCAGCAGCUGCUCAUGGCAGUGAAGAUGUCCCUUCACUGUCCCAAACUGGCACUAGAAGUGGCUGGGAAGAGGCCAGAGUUACUGGAUGGGUGUUGGCAUCAUCCGAUCUGGGUUCCAGGCAUGGUGUGCCUUUUCUUGGCGGGAAUGAUCUUGGGCAAGUUAAUGAACCUCUGCAUCAAUUCCUUAUGUGUGAGGUUAGAGUGCCUGUGCUACCUGACUCCUGGGAUUGGUAAGAGAGGGCUUGGUUUACCAAGGCUCUCUGUUAGGUGGUUGACCUCUAGGACCAGGACCCUCACAGGGGUGCAGCUCCCAUGUCAGUUGGUGUUAUAACCAUGGCAGUGUCCCUUUCUGUCCACAUUUUUAGCACCCCCUACCCCCAUCUCUGCCCCCUUUGCCACGGGGCACCUUUUAAAGUUCCUGCCCUGGUAUAGGGAUAUUUUUCCUGUAUUUUUUUUUCUUUUGAGACAGGGUUGCCCAGGGUGGAGUGCAGUGGCAGGAUCAUAGCUUACUGGAGCCUUGACCUCCCAGGCUCAGGUGUCUCACGUGAGCCUCCCGAGUAGCUGGGACUACAGGUGUUUGCCACCAUGCCAGCUAUUUUAAAAUAUUUUUUUCUGUAGAGACAAAAGUUUGAUUUUUUUUUCCUUAUUGCCCAGGUUGGUCUCAAAUUCCUGGACUAAAGCAGUCCUCCCACCUCUGCCUCCCAAAGUGCUGGGAUUAUAGGCGUGAGCCACUGUGCCUGACCUAUUGUCAUUUUUAUAGAAUGAAAUGUGCUUAUUUUUAAACAUUCUAAUCAAAUUUUAAAAUGUGCAAAGAAUGAAGUGAAAAACAAAUUAUUUUAUCCUGAAGUAAGCCGUUUAUAUUUGGGAUUAUACUGAUGCCAUUUGUCCAGUAACCUGAGUUUUCAAAUAAUUUUAGUUCCAUAAGUACUAUGUGAUAAUUAUAUAAAUAUUAAUAAACUCAGAUUAGCUGAAAGGGGAAAAAGUAAAAGCCUGACUACUUGGUGCUAACUACUAAAGAUUUUGGCAGAAUCAGUGUUGGAUUUGGCUUUCCUGUCCCCUCCCCACCCCAACCCCCUGGCAUGUUCCAUCUUGUUCUGCCUCCCUUCACCUGGAGUGCCACACCCCUGUCUGUGCCAGUCCAGCCCUUCAUUCUUCAAGGCCUGACCUUGUCUGACCCUCAUGCCUCUAAGCCCCUGGCCCCACCUCUCUUGAUGCCUGUGUCAGGUGGUUGUGUUUUUGGUUUUGCCCAUCACCGUAGCCAGACCAAGCACUCUGGAAACCAGGGUUGGGUGCUUAUUUAUCUGUUUGUCAUGCAGAAGAGAUCUUGCACAAAAUUCCCUGUUAAGGAAUCAGGAACUGAAAUUAGUUUGGCUAAGUCAGGGUUGGGGUUUUUUUAAGGGGCUGUGGAAUGAAAUGUUGACUGGAAGCCACCCACAGGGACACACCUGCUGGUUAGGAACCUGGCUGUGGGUGGUUCUGAGCUUUAUGGCUCUUGUUGACAAGUUUCUGAUUGCCCUAGUCUAGUCUGAGCAUCAGGUCUCAUCUUGUAUCUCAUCCUGGCCUGGAGAAUAUUCAUGUUCUUUCCAACCUUACCCACCUUUUCCCCACUCCCUUGGAGGAACUGAAGUUGGGGUUGAGGAGAGCCAGAUGGGCUGGAAUAGGUCUCUGAAGGUCUUUCUGUCACCUGUUCAGUGAGGUUUGCCCCACCCCUGCUGCCUCAUCCCAGCCUAAGACUGAACAAGACUCCGACCAGAGGCAUGUGCAGAGGACAAAGCAUGGGAAAUGUAAAAUAAUACAGACCAUCUCACACUCAUCAAGCUGGCACAUUUUUGAAAGCCCGUGUGUCUGAGUGUGUGGAACAAUGGUAAUUUACACUGCUUCUGAAGUAGAAAUUAUGAGAAAUACUGUGUCAGGCAAUUUGCAAAAUCUUGUAAGUUUGUGUGCACUUAACCAUCCAGCAGCUGUACUCCUGGAUGCAUCCUAGAGGAGCGCCAUGUGAACAGAGAAAUGAGUUUAAGACUAUUCAUGGAGGUAUUGUUUAGGUAGCAAGAUUGGGAAAAGCCUGCAUUUCAUCAGCAGAAGAAUGCAUAAAUAAAUAGGUUGGUUUUGGUCCUUGGAAAGUGAAUAUGAAAGAGUUACGUCUCAACACAGAUAUAUAAAAAAUUAUGCAGAGAAAGUUGCAGAAGCUACAUAUAAGUUACUGUUGUGUAAAUUAAGCAUACUGUGUAUCUGUGGGCACGUUACUUCAACUUGUUUUUCACUUUUUCUGUAAAAUGGGAAAGUAGUGGCAAUCUCACAGUGUGAUUGGGGGUGGGGGGCAGUCAGUGAAGUAAUGCAUGUGAAAUGCUUAGAAUAGUGUCUGGCAUGUAAGCAUUGUGAACAUAUAGAAAGUGUUAUUGUUUUGCACAGUAAUCUAUUUUCUGUGGAUUCAGUUAAUAUGAAUUGAGCAUAAAAUCAUGUAUUGGAAUGAUGUGUGCAAGUCACCAUUCUGCCUUCCUAAGGCAGGAGAAGAUGAUGGGUUUGGGGAGGGUACAUAUGAGCUUCAGCUGUGUUUUCUUUCUUUUUAAAAAUUGAUGCAGAGGCAUCAGAAUGUUAAGAUUUUAACAGGCUAGUGUGGUGGAUUCUUUUUAACUGUUUGCUUAAAGUAUUUCAAAGUAAAAAUAUUUCUUAAGCAU